AUGAGCGAGGCUGCCGACGCUGCCAUGAUUGAGGCUGCCGACGCCGACGGGCGGCUGCGCGACGACCCGCUGACGGACUGCCCCGUGGACGCGGCAGCGGCGGCAGAGCGAGAGAGAUCGGCGAAGGCGGCCAAGCUUGCUGCGCAGACCGCCAACGCGAUGGUCGCCGUGCAGGGGCAGCUCAAGUUGCGGGGACAGGCAGCGGACAAGGCCGCGCACGACGCCAACGCGGAGGCGGGAGCGCCGGUGAAAGCGUCGUCUAUGAUGGUCGAACAAUACCAAACAACUCUAACACUCACACGGCAGCUAAUAAAACGCAAAAAAACGAGGAAAAAAGAGAUCACAGCCGUGAGGAAGAACGCUGAAAAACGAAAGACGAAGCCGGAUCGUUUUCUUCCAGGGCUGGGUUAG